AUGGCAUCGGCACUUGACAAUGGCGCCAGGAAGUUUAUUCCGAGCACUCAACUGCACAGUCAUUGCGGAUUCAACAUGAUCGCAGACAUAAUCCUUAGCAUACUGCUUGCAUACUGGCCCCUAGUCCUCGCCGCAUUCCUUGGGCUCUACCUACUUCGCAACAAGUACCAUCAUGGCCUAGACAAGUAUCCAGGACCUACCUAUGCAGCAUUCACGGACUGGUGGCGAUACUUCGAUGUUCGCAGUCGCCGUGCGGAACAGACUCACAUACAGCUCCACCGACGCUACGGCGAUGUGGUUCGACUAGGACCAAACGUGUUGUCCUUUGCGGAUCCGAAGGCUAUCAAGAUCAUCUAUGGCUUGAACAAGCAAAUGACCAAAUCAGAUUUCUACCCCGUCCAGCAAGCUGUGGCCAAGGGGCAACGUUUGCAGUCGCUGUUCAGUACCAAGGAUGAAAACUACCACGCUUCCUAUCGCCGGUGUGUCAACAACGCCUUCUCCAUGAGCUCAUUGAUUGGCUAUGAACCACUUGUCGACAGUACCAUGGGCGCCUUCAUCGAGCAGACAAAGCGUCGAUACUGCGACACCGGAAAGAGCUGCCACUUCUCGAAAUGGCUUCAAUACUUCGCCUUUGAUGUCAUCGGAGAGCUGACCUGGAGCAAGCGUCUGGGCUUCGUGGAAAGAGACGAGGAUGUUGACGGCAUUGUUGGUUUUGUCGGCAAAUUCCUGGACUAUUGUGCCCCCGUUGGCCAGAUGCCGAUUCUUGACAUGAUCUUCGAGAAGAAUCCUAUCAAGCUCAAGCUACAGAAAUGGGGCAUCAGUAAGACUGUGUUCCCCGUUACUCGAUUCGCGCUGGCGCAGUCCGCCGACAGGGCCUCCGAGAUGGAGAAGAUCAAGCAGAAUGGCUCCUUAAACGAGGCUUCGGGGAAAGGCGUGGAUCUCCUGAUGAAGUUCACUCAAGCACAGCAUGAUCAUCCCGAAUUCAUGACCGAUAAGCAGGUCCUGAGCUCGUGCACAUCAAUGAUUUUCGCAGGCUCUGAGACGACGGCUAUAAGCCUUAGUUCCAUCUUCUAUUUCUUGAUCAAGAAUCCAAGGGUCUACAGCAAAUUGAUGGUGGAGCUCGACGAAGCUGCUCGCGACGGAUCUAUAGCAGAGAGGGAUCACAACCGAGUGAGCUGGUCCGAGAGUCUAAAGCUGCCGUACCUCGAUGCGGUCGUCCAAGAGGCCAUGCGCCUGCACCCGGCACCUGGCCUGAUUCUUGAGCGCGUCGUACCUCCUCAAGGAAUGGACAUACUAGGCCACCAGAUCCCGGGCGGCACUAUUGUUGGCUGUAAUCCAUGGGUCGUCCACCGUCACCCGGAAGUCUUCGGUGCCGAUCCAGAUACUUUCCGACCAGAACGAUGGAUCCAAGCCAAGCCAGAUCAGCUGAGGGAGAUGAAAGCCAGCAUGCUGCAGUUUGGAGCAGGUGCGAGGACCUGCAUCGGCAAGAACAUCAGCCUGUUAGAGAUCUACAAGUUGGUGCCCACCUUUUUGCGAAACUUUGAAGUGGACAUGGCAGAUCCAGUUUCGGAGUGGAAGACUCAUAAUGCUUGGUUUGUGCGACAGCUGAACUUCACCACCAGGUUCAAACCAAGGCAGUCGAUCCAGUCGCCUGAGCGUUGA